AGAGAGAGAGAGAGAGAGAGAGGCAAAGAAAGAGAGAAAAGCAAAGACGAAAGAGUACAUGCGCGUAAUCUCGUCCGCGAGCAGAAAAUUGUAUUCAGUUGUAUUUUCACUGUUGUCACAUAUCGAGAAAAGUAAUUUACUCGUGUAAACCGAGCACGAUUGAAUGAACGCGAAUAAGUGAGAAACGAGAGGAAAAGAAGACAGGUGUCGAACAUGUCGCGUUGCUAUGAAACUCGGUGAUAUUUUCGUCGAAAGGUAAAAAAACAUAAGGAAAAAGUAAGAAGGAUCGGUAGAACGCAAAAAAAAGAUUUUCUCAUAUUAUUUGUCGCGCGUGCGAGAAAGAGAGAGAGAGAGAGAGAGAGAGAAAGAGAAAGAGAGAGACAGAGCAGACCCUAUUUCUCGGAAGGUCACACAAGGCAAUAUAGAAACUAUCCAUCGCGUUCGUUAUAUGUGUGGUGGUCCGAAAAAGAUAAUUCGAAGUGGGGAAUCUUGAGAAACUUGAUCUCGCUGAGACGGGUCAGCACGCAUUGGUCGCGUAAAGGGGAGAUCCUGACGCAAGUGCGAAGAGAGAACGGACAGGAAAAAUCUAGAUCCGGGUUGUGCGCGUAUGCUACGAUUUUGGAAGAACGAUCUACAAAUGGAGCACGGGUGCGUCCUUAAAACGAAAAUGAGCGCAGAAAUGAAGUAUCGUUAUUUUAGUAUUGUUCUAAAUAUUGAUUUUUAACGCUCGACUCCAUCGAAGAGAGAUAUCUGAACUCUCUCGCUUAUGCAAAAGUACAGAAUUUUCUCAUUGUUUUUCUUUCUCUUUUUUCUUUCUCUAUUACAUACAUGCACACGUUCUUUAAAUCGUUAAACGAUUGACGAUCAUUUUUCUCUUCGAAAAUAAUACGUGCUUGAAAUGUGACAUACAUGUAUGAAAUCGAUCGUCCCCAGAUCAUACUAUGAGUAGUACAUUCGGAACGGAGGCAUCAACGGUCGCGGUCUCGAUGAUUGACGAUACGAUGACCGAUGCCACUAAGAAUGUCGAAAAUAUCGUUGACAAGGAAGCGACACCUAUUUUCUUGCAGACUCGAGCUGCUCAGGGCAUAGCCGGUGCUUUUGUCUGGUUAGCUCUUUUUUUAACUUGCCAACAGAUUUAUCAGCAUUUAAGAUGGUAUACCAAUCCCACGGAACAACGAUGGAUAGUCAGAAUACUAUUCAUUGUACCAAUUUAUGCUACUUAUUCUUGGGUGUCCCUAUUAUUUUUCAAUAGCGAAAGCUACUAUGUUUAUUUCUUUACUGUACGAGACUGUUACGAAGCAUUUGUUAUAUAUAACUUUCUGUCCUUAUGCUACGAGUACCUGGGUGGUGAAGGGAACAUUAUGUCUGAAAUAAGGGGAAAACCAAUACGUUCCAAUUGUUUGUAUGGAACAUGCUGCCUAGUUGGAAAGACUUAUACUAUUGGUUUCUUGAGAUUUUGUAAACAAGCAACGUUACAAUUCUGCUUGGUCAAGCCUGUAAUGGCUUUUGUCAUUAUAUUUCUUCAAGCAUUUGGCCAUUAUAGAGAUGGAGAUUGGUCUCCAGAUGGUGGUUAUAUUUAUAUAACAGUGAUUUAUAAUAUCAGUGUAUCUCUUGCUCUUUAUGGACUUUUUCUCUUUUACUUUGCAACAAGAGAACUGCUCACUCCGUUUGAACCAGUUUUAAAAUUUUGUACUGUCAAAAGUGUCAUUUUUUUGUCAUUUUGGCAAGGAGUGUUAUUGGCCAUUCUUGAAAAAGCGAAUGUAAUUUCACCAGUAAUAGAUAGCUUAGGUCAAUCAACAAGCGCUGGUACAGUUUCUGCUGGUUAUCAAAAUUUUCUAAUUUGCAUUGAAAUGUUGUUUGCUGCUAUUGCAUUGCGCUAUGCAUUUCCAUAUCAAGUAUAUUCAGCUGGUUGUGUUACUGACUCUAGAGGAAGAAGUGUGACAAUGCAAAGUAUUAGUAGCAGUUUGAAAGAAACUAUGAAUCCAAAAGACAUAAUGACUGAUGCCAUCCACAACUUUCAUCCACAAUAUCAACAGUAUACGCAGUACAGCUCUGACGUUAAUACCAACUUGCCGUAUGAAAAACUAUGACACAGUGAGCCAUCAUUUUUUUAAUUACAAGAAAUUGGACAUUGGGCUUUAUGCAAGUUUAAAUGAAGAUUGAACAUUAUAUAUAAUAUAACAAAACUUUUUCUAUAUUAAUAAUACAUAUUUAUUUAAUGAUUUAAAUGAAAAUCUAUUUACAGAAUUAAAGGUCAGCUCUCUCUCUGCUUAGAAUAUUGUUAGUUGUGUCAAAACAUUGUCAACAUACAUAGAUAGGCAUGAUUCAUUGAUUUCAUGAUUAACAAUUUCUUCUGUAAAAUAGAACUUAAGCACUUAACACAAAAGCACUUAGAAAAAUGGUGUACUUAUAUAUGUUGCUUUUAAAUAAAUGAAAAAUAUAUAUAACA